AUGAAGGAAAAACGGAAAAUCAAAGAGCUUCAACUGUUAUCAGCGAUAGGAUUUGCAGGUAAAGUGGUGGGCGGGCUCCAUCAGCAUAGGGACAGAGGUCUUAUAUACCCCGUGGGCGUGGGCGUAGGCGUGUGGGACCGAGCGGCCGGGAGACACGCCCUCUUGCACUCCCACAACCGCCCGAUCACCGCCAUGGCUAUCUCCAGGGGGGGCAACCUUAUCGUGUCCGCACAGAACAGCGAUCCCGGGUGUCAGGCGAAGGUCGUAAUAUGGGACUACAAAGAGCGGGCAGAGCUGGGGUCCUAUUGCGUGCACCGGGAGGAGGUGGCCGCCGUGGCAGUGUCAGCUGGAGAGGAAAUCGUCGUCAGCCUCGGGGGGCCGUUGGACGGGUACCUGGUCGUCUGGCACGUGGAGAGCAAGAAGCCUCUCUGUAGUAUGUUGUUCGUUGCACUUUCUUGUUUUCUGGAAUUUGGGAGAUAA